AACCGAUCACAGAAAGAUCAGCCGGUUCCCUACGUCACUUCCGCUUCCUUGUCCUUGGUGGUUGCAGCAUCCUCGCUGUUCAGGAUAAACACAUGGCUAAACUGAGCAAAGAGUCCAAACAGCGGCUGCAGCAGCUGUUCCAGUGCGGCCAGUUCGUCAUCCGAUGGGGUUUCAUCCCGACUGUGUUGUACCUCGGUUUUAAACGAGGAGCAGAUCCAGGAAUGCCUGAACCCACAGUCUUAAGUUUGCUAUGGGGCUGAGGAACGUCUCUGAACAUCCGGUCCCCUCCCAUCAUCAAGACCAUGUGACCUAACUGUCAUCAGAAAGCCAGGAAAUGGACAUUUUCUUUCUUUCCCUCUCUAUAAAUCUUGCUGUACAACGUCGGAGACCUAAUGACGUUGUGUGCUGUCAUAAUGUCCAUGGCCUAACAUACAGUAGAAGUAUGGAGAGUUCUGGCUCCUUGGAUAAAAGAGAUUUGUGUUACCAAGCUGGAAUCAAAAAUUCGUCCUCAGUGUUGACUGGGCUAUCUGUUGGUGUUUUGCUGUGUGAGACAGCGAUGUCUGGAUAUACCUUUCGUUCCAUGUUUUCCUCUUUUUAUUUGUAAUUUAAGAUGUCUGAGAAUAAAUCCGCUAAGAAAUGUCAA